UCCAACCCAUCCAGCAUACAAAACUCUAUCCCAUCUUCCUCAAACCUCAGCAAACCAAAAAUCCUAAAACAGACACAACCAAUGACUUCCACCAUGGAUUCCCUCCCCCAUGUCUUCCUCGUCAGCUUCCCUGGCCAAGGCCACAUAAACCCCAUGCUUCGCUUUGGCAAAAAACUCGCCGCCUCCGGCCUCCUUGUCACGUUUUCCACCACAGCCUACCUCGGCCGCGACAUGAAGAAGGCUGGCAGCAUCUCCGACACACCGACCCCUCUCGGUCACGGCUUUCUCCGCUUCGAAUUCUUCGACGAUGGCCGCACCAACGAGUCCGCCCCUUCUACCUCCCUCUCCUUCGACCAAUACAUGCCGCAGCUCCAGAGUCUAGGUUCGAUUUCUCUACUCCACAUCUUGAAAAACCAAACCAAAGAAAACCGACCAGCCGUCUCCUGUGUUAUUGGAAACCCUUUUGUGCCUUGGGUGUGUGACGUGGCCGACCAACUCGGAAUCGCCUCCGCUGUCUUUUGGGUCCAAUCAUGCGCCGUUUUUUCCAUUUAUUACCACCAUUUUAAUGGCUCAAUCCCUUUCCCUUCUGAAACCCAACCAAAUCUCGACGUUCAAAUUCCUUCUUUGCCUCUUCUAAAGCACGACGAAAUUCCAAGCUUCUUGCUUCCAAACAACUCUCUUCAUGCCAUUGGGAAAGCCAUUUUGGGGCAGUUUUUGAGCCUCUCGAAGCCCUUUUGUAUAUUAAUCGAUACAUUUGAGGAGCUCGAGAGCGAGGUGGUGGACUUUAUGUCGAAAAAUUUUCCGAUUAAGGCGGUGGGGCCAUUGUUCAAACAUUGUAGUGAAAUUAAAACGAGGAUCUCGGGGGAUUGUUUGAGAACUGAUGAAUGUAUGGAGUGGUUAGACUCAAAGCCAAAAGGGUCAGUGGUUUAUGUGUCGUUUGGGAGUGUUGUUUAUCUGAAACAAGAACAGGUAGAUGAGAUUGCUUAUGGACUUGUAAAUUCUGGGUUUUCCUUCUUGUGGGUCUUGAAACCGCCUGUUUCAAGUCUUGGGGGCAAGCGCCAUGUCCUUCCUAAUGAGGUUAAGGAAAAGGCCGGCGAGAGAGGGAAGGUGGUUCAAUGGAGUCCACAAGAACAAGUACUCUCACACCCAUCAGUCGCAUGUUUCAUGACACACUGCGGUUGGAACUCGUCGGUGGAGUCGAUCAGCUCCGGCGUGCCAGUGGUGGCAUUUCCUCAGUGGGGAGAUCAGCUCACCAACGCCAAGUUUCUUGUUGAUGUCUUCGGCGUUGGUCUCCGCCUUUCUCGUGGUGCUGGAGAAGACAGGCUAAUCAAAAGAGAUGAGAUCAAGAAUUGCCUUAAAGAAGCCAUGGAAGGACCCAAGGCGGUGGAGAUAAGAAAGAAAGCCUUGGAGCGGAAAAUAGCGGCGGAGAAGGCGGUGGCUGAGGGUGGGUCCUCCAACAGAAAUAUCAAAUACUUUAUUGAUGAGAUAAGGAAACGGUCUCUUGGUUGUUGUCGGAAUCUCCAAGUUUGUCCCUCUACUACCUAGAAACUUUCUCUCUUUCAUCAUCAUUUUUUUUCUCUUAUUGUCUUCUUGUUUUUAGUUUAAAAACAUGGAUUGGUGUGAUAGAAUUAAACUUUUGAUCUUUUA